CUGUUUGGCAGUGUUGAAGUCUCCACUCACCAGUCAUUCCAAUUCAUGGCGAGGGAUCCAGAAAACAGACCAAACAAUUGUUAAGCAUUUAUUUGAGCCAUUGGAAAUAACUUAACGGUAUUUAGAUUUUUGGAUUUUUGCAAUGGAGCAUGACAGACAGGUCAAAUAGGACAGUAGUAGGAGUCAGCCACUUCACGUACACCUUACGUUGAUUACUUAACGCUGGCUGAAGAGGUGUUUGUAACGAUGCGGUUUUUACUGUGUAUGACCUCUUCGUUGUCUUGACCUAGGUUGCACAGUUCACAUUAAUUCCACACAGCUUGUCCUCAAACUAACAUUUGAACCAUGCCUCUAUCGGACUUCCUUGCUGCCCUGAAGGACAACCCUUACUUUGGGGCUGGCUUCGGUCUCGUGGGUGUGGGCACAGCACUCGCAGUCGCCAGAAAAGGGGCACAGGUCGGCAUGAUCUUUUUUAGGAGGAACUACAUGAUUACUUUAGAAGUGCCUAGCAAAGACAAGAGUUACCACUGGCUAUUGAGUUGGAUUACCAAGCACGCCAGGCACACACAGCACCUCAGUGUGGAAACUUCAUACCUGCAACAUGAGAGUGGACGGGUGCAUACACAGUUCGACUUCCACCCCAGUCCAGGCAAUCAUAUUAUCUGGUAUGGGAAUAAAUGGAUCCGAGUGGAGCGAACAAGGGAGAAACAAAUGGUUGAUCUCCACACAGGAACCCCCUGGGAGUCUGUAACCUUCACAUCCCUUGGGAGAGACAGACAGUUGUUUGUAAACAUUCUUCAGGAAGCCCGAGAACUGGCCCUGAAACAGGAGGAGGGGCGGACGGUGAUGUACACUGCCCUGGGAGCUGAGUGGCGGCCCUUUGGGUUUCCACGGCGACGACGGCCUCUCUCCUCAGUGGUGUUAGAGAUCGGGGUUGAGGAGAGAAUUGUGGACGAUGUGAAGGAAUUCAUCAGCAACCCAAAGUGGUACACAGACAGAGGGAUUCCCUACAGGAGAGGAUAUCUGCUGUAUGGCCCACCAGGGUGUGGAAAGAGCAGCUUCAUCACGGCCCUGGCAGGAGAACUGGGCUACAGCAUUUGCCUGAUGAGCCUGAGUGACCGCAGUCUUUCUGACGACCGGCUCAACCACCUGCUCACCGUGGCUCCUCAGCAGAGCAUCAUUUUGCUGGAGGACGUGGACGCUGCUUUUGUCAGCCGGGAGCUGCUGCCCACUGAGAAUCCAAUGGCUUAUCAAGGCAUGGGAAGGCUGACAUUCAGUGGACUUUUAAAUGCCUUGGAUGGAGUUGCUUCCUCUGAAGCAAGGAUAGUAUUCAUGACUACCAACUUUAUUGACAGGCUCGAUCCUGCGCUGAUCCGGCCCGGGCGGGUGGACCUGAAGCAGUACGUCGGCCACUGCUCCCACUGGCAGCUCACGCAGAUGUUCCGCCGGUUCUACCCUGAGGAGUCUGCGUCGGAAGCGGACAGGUUUGCGGAACGUGCUCUCGCCAUGUACCCGGAGAUCAGUGCUGCGCAGGUGCAGGGACACUUUAUGCUCUACAAACUGGAUCCCAUCGGCUCCAUCGACAACCUGGCCCACAUGCAGGGGUGACCGCUCAUAGGACUUGCUCGGAAGUGGUUGGCGUGGAGGGAAAAACUGUUGUUCUUUCAGCAAUUCUCACCCAUUCUUCAAUGCCUUUCAGAACAACAUGAGGAAUAUAAUGUUGUGGGGUAAAGAACAUACAAAAACUGAUACAAAAUCAAAAUAAAUAAAUGUUUUCAGUGAAACUA